AUGCACAACGAGCUAACACAUUUUUUAGACACACUUUGUUCAAGAGGAAUAUGGGCUAGAGGUGGAAAAACCGUCAUUGGUGGUACGCAAGGAAAUGCAACGAAUCAAUUGCACUCUCCUGAAGGAAUAUACAUGGAUUCAACCAAUGCUUUAUAUAUAGUAGACCGAUUGAACCAUCGUAUAAUAAAGUGGGAACAGGAAGCAAUUACUGGAAAUGCAGUUGCUGGUGGAAUUGGUCCUGGAGUAAAACCAGGUGAACUAUUUCAACCAAGAGCAAUGACAGUGGACAAACAAGGUACGAUGUAUAUUAUUGACAACAGUAUGCCAGGUAGUCGUGUGACACGUUGGCAAAAAGGAUCAAAAGUGGGUGAAGUUCUGUUUGACUUUAAACAUAUUAUUGCUGGUGGUAUAGCCUUCGAUCCGAACGAUGAAGACUAUUUAUAUUUGGCAGACCGCUAUGAACAUAGUGUGCUUAGGUUUAAUAUCAAAAAUAUUACUGAAAACGGUGAGAUCGUGGCUGGCGGAAAUCAUAUAGGACCGGCUCUCAAUCAACUUGAAUAG